UAGAGGAUUGCUUGUUUUAAGUCCUGUGCGAUUUCAUUUAUAUUAUGACUUGGAUUUCAUGUGUGCUUGUAUUAUUGUUGUUAAAGGCACCAUGGCACAAAAGUGUCAGGAGUCAUGUCACAUGACAUGCCUUAUGCAAGCGAGGCACAUAAUCUGCAAUAGAUUAUUGUAUAGUAGCUUUCGACAAAAAUAAUACACAAAUAAACGAAUAUAAAAGAUUCGAAAAAGAGAACUUGGUUUGCACAAACCUCAGUGAUUAUUUAAUUACAUUUAAUACUUAUUUCUUAUAUUGAUCAAUAACUUGGCAAUUUCAACACUUAUUUAAUCAAGUUGAACAUUGAUCUCAGCUAAUUAAGAUCUUUUAUUUGCAGUGAAUUUGGUCAAUAUGUCCACAACAACCUCACAUAUGUUAGAAAUAAUUUCAAUAGUUUAAGCAAACAUAAAUAUUUUGUUACUAAUUUGAUAAUUAAAAUCUUAAAAUUGGCUAGAAACUUAUGAGAAGUAGAAAAAAGAGAGAACAGAAGGGACUCGUAAAAGAUUGGCAAGAACAGAGAAGGAAAAGAAUAAAGAAAAGGGAAGGAGAAAGAAAAUCAAAACAAAAGAAAUUAGAAGAUGAGAAACAAAACUGAGCAAAAAGAAGUGGGAGGCAUAUGUGCCUGAGAGGAACACUGAAUUUGCUGUUGCAAAGGAUUAUGCUUUCUUCCCCCCUCUCUUAGCAAAAGAUCCAACUGAUCGUCUCUCUUCAAGAAGGUCGCCACGGUUGUACCAUCGUGCCUUGGAAAAAGGCACAAGGUGAAGCCAGGCAUCGGCCGUAAGCAAGGCUAGUGCCAAUAUUGAAGAAUGGUGUUGGCCUUGCGCCAUUUGCCAUUUUCCCCAUGGUCACGAUACAUUACAUAUUCAAAGGAGGAGGAAGCUGUUCGUUGUAUUCAGUCGGUGCAUGGAUUUGUUUUGGAUGGUAAAACUUUGAGGGCAUGCUUUGGGACUACAAAAUACUGUCAUGCAUGGCUGAGGAAUGUGCCUUGCAGCAAUCCCGAUUGUCUAUAUUUACAUGAGAUUGGUUCACAAGAGGACAGUUUUACUAAGGACGAGAUAAUAUCCGCUUACACAAGGAGUAGAGUUCAACAAAUUACUGGUUCCUCAAAUAGUACACAACGGCGUUCAGGAAAUGUGUUACCUCCACCAGCUGAUGAAUACUGCAAUAACACCUCCGCUUCUUCAGGGAAACCUAUAACUAAAACUGCUGUAAAUACAAAUAAUACGGUGCUCAGUGCAAGAGUUUCUCCACCAAAUAGCAGCUCUGGUAGAUCUGCUGCUCUUCCUGCUGGAGCCUCAUGGGGAACUCGUGCUUCCAAUAAUCAUCCUUUAGUUACAAGUGUGCAAUGUUCCAAUGGACCACUUAAACAGAAACCAGGCGUGUCUAGUGGAGCAGUUGCUUGUUCUACUGCAGUUGCAAACCCAAUUCAGCUUUCCUCGAUCCAUAGUGAUACUGGGAAGAUGAGGGUUUCAAAUGAAGAAAGCCCCACUUCUCAAAGUAAAACGAAAGCAGAAACCUUAGAACCAGGGAAGAAAGAAUCAAGCACAGACAGGAGAGUUAUUGUUUCAGAGAGUUCCGUUGCAUCUGUACAGCCUGUGACUUUGCCGAUAAGUAGACAUCCCCAUAGCCAACCUACAACCAAUGCGCCACCUAUUAGUGCAGAUAUUAUUGAUUCUUCCUUAAUGCUUACUGUACAUGCUUCAGACAAAGAUUAUACUGAUGCUACAGAAGGGAAUGUGGAGAAUAUAUGUUCUGAUAUCUCCUCAAUGAGCAUUCAUGAAAACCAAGUUUUACAGGAUUCUAAUGUUGGGCAGAUGAGAGAACCAGUUACAUCUCAGACAGCUGGAACAGCUGCAAGUACAACAGAGGACGCCACAGAUGUCCAGUCUGAUUUUAGAUUGGGAGCACCAACUCACGUAACCCAAGUUGAUAUGCAUGAAAUAGAUGAUGAUUUGUUGUCUUUUAAUAACCAAAGGCUCAAGGAUCCUGAGGUUGUUAGCAACAGAAUAGCAAAUUUUGGUCAUGAGUUUCAUCUGUCAACGCAUUCUAAUGUCAAGUCUCAUCAGUUCAAUGGUGCUGAUGAUUUGGACAUGCAGGUUCUAGAUAGAACUAGUAAUUUGAUGGCUUCAAAAUCUAAUGUUCCUGCUCGACAUCCUGAGAGUGUGCUCAAGAGCCCUCUGGCUAUUGAUGUUGAACAUGCUAAUUUGUUUCCUAGUAAACUUCUAGGGAGAUGUGAGGGUGACGUAGCUAGUGGUGGUUUAGAUAUGGGAGAGAGCAGCAUAAUAUCCAAUAUUUUGUCUAUGGACUUUGAAUCAUGGGAUGAGUCAUUAACUUCCCCUCAGAACCUGGCUAAGUUUUUAGGUGAAACUGAUAAGCAACAAGGUUCCUUUGGAGUACCAGUCUCCCGGAAAAGUCAGAAUAGCAGUCAAUCAAGGUUUUCUUUUGCUAGAGAGGAACCGACAAGCCAAAAAUCUGAUUUUGGACAAUCUAUUGAUUACUUUGAUAAAGGCUUUCACCAGCGUCCUUUUAGCCAUGAUUUCUCUAACAGCAAUCCCUUGCAUAUUGAGCAGCUUGUUAGCCGCAAUGGUUUUCCUGUUUCUAAUGGCACUGAAUCAGAGAGCUUUGCAAGCAGUCAUUCUCAUAUCUCCAAUAACAAGCUCUCCCUUUCUCGAUCUCAGAUUUCUGCUCCUCCAGGAUUUUCUGUGCCUAGUAGGGCAGUACCCCCCGGCUUCACUUCUCAUGAAAGGACAGAGCAAAUCUUGGACACAGUUUCUGGAAAUCAGAUGCUUGAUGCUUCCUCUGUGUUAAGAAAUCACUAUCAUUCACCUUCAGGUGGUAAUCCCAUUAGUAAUGGUGAUAUUGAGUUUAUGGAUCCUGCAAUAUUGGCAGUUGGCAAAGGGACGCUUCCAGUUGGCAUCAACAGCGCAGGUGUAGACUUCAGGUCAAGCUACUCUCCGCAAUUGAGUACAUACGGAGAUGCGAGAUUCCAAUCAUUUUUACAAAGGUCUCUUCCUCCACAUCAGAAUCAAAGAUUUACUGACCUGGGGGACAGCUUUUCCCCCCUUAGUGAUGCUUAUGGAAUUCCGUCCAGGGUCAUGGAGCAAACUCUAGCCAAUAAUCUUUCUCCAUUUUCUCAGUUCACCGUGCCUCAGUCUAGGAAUGGAAUAACUUCUAAUGGACAAUGGGAUGGGUGGAAUGAGGUCCAAGGUGGAAAUAACUUGGGUAUGGCAGAACUGCUCCGCACUGAGAGAUUGGGAUUUAACAAGUUCUACAGUGGUUAUGAAGAAUCCAAGAUCCGAAUGCCCAGUUCAGGCAAUAUAUACAAUGGAAACUAUGGGAUUUAAUAUGAAGUGUCUCAUUCGAUGUGGUUGGUGAUGACCAUAAGUGGUGAAAUAGGAUGUUUGUGUGUGACUUUGACAAGCCUGAAUUAAGGAUUCAAUUGUUGGCACUCUAAAGAUCGAAGAACUGGCUCUUUCUUCACAUUAUUGAGUGACCAAUAAUUUUUCAGAAUGUUCCUGUUUGAGGAUAUGAGGGUGAGUCUGAUUAGUCUGACAUGGCUGCUUUCAUGUUGGUGAAGGAUUAAACCUUCUCAAAUGUGGAGUCCGGAAACCAACAGGUGAAAGGAGCUUGAGAUGAGAAUGAGGGUCAAUGUGAUAUGGCUAUGCAACGAAAUACUGUACAUGGUAACACCCAUCAAUUUCCAGUGUGUUGUUUUGGUAGGAGGGGAGAGAAUGGAGAUGAAUGAUUGGAGAUAAAGGAUGAUGCUUUUAGUAUACUGGCUAACAUGUAUCAUUAGAUUGGCAGCAGCCAGCAGUAAUUGAUGUUUUGUAAUUGCUAAAAACAUUCAUUCUUAUGUAAAGUAGUGGAUUAAGAGAGAGAAGAGAAAAAAAAGGUAGUGGAAGCACUUCUUUUUCCCGUUAUCGAGGUACAAAAAUGAGUUGCAAACUUAUAUUAGCAAUAAGGUGGUUGACUGAUAUAUAAUAACGAGAGAGAGAGAGAGAGAGUGUGUGUGUGUGUGUGUGUGAUAAUGCAGCUGCUGGUGAAAAAAGAUAUUCAUCUGUUUCUCUGUAUAAAUUAUCCUUUGUCUAGUGACUAAUUACAUGUAU